GAGACGGUUUAUAAACUAUCCGAUACAUGUCCCAAAGGGUAUCUCCGUUGCUUGGAAUCUGGUGAAUGCAUUCACGCUCUACUGCGUACUUCCCAUUUGGUACCACCUAUCAAGGUCUUACGUGUAAAGGCAAUCGGGACUUAUUUGACACCAUGUGAUGUAAACAAUUAAAUUUAACAAUGGGCUGUGAUGAUGUGUCGGAUUGCCUUGACGAAUCAGACGAAGACCCAUAUACUUGUAGUUAGUCAUUUUAAAGACCCCUUACAUAUGAACGAAACUUCCCCGACGUUAGCUUGCGUGUAAUCACUGUGCUUGUAAUGCCAUGGCAACCAGGAAUCAGGAGUCAAUGUAUUGUUCCUGCGGGUCAAACAUGUUUCCCCGGCGGUGGUCCUGUGCAUUUAAUCGGAGAGGUUACGAAGGUUGUUGACAUAAAAUGGCUUCCACAGAUUGUUAGACUAGAGGGACAGAUGAAGUACUUCUAUAAUGAAACAGACGGCAUUCAAAGAAGUGGGGGGAUGAACUUAUUUACGACAUAUUUCACCGCCAGUGGUAAAACUGUCACAAAGUGGGGAAAUGACGAAUACGAUUUCAAAGCUGUAGCACAUGUUGCGUAUUUUAUGGGAUCCUCAAGAAGUUACGCACGAAUAUAUAGCGGAGUUAGCCAAGACUAUUGUGGAGGAUGCUAUUUUCAACCUGCAAAUGCCUAGACCUGUAACGCAAUCAAUUUUUUGAUUCGAUCAGUGUCAUAUAUUGUAUUGUAUUGUAUUGUAUCUUUUAUUCCUCCACAAGGGAGAGCAAACAUAUGAAAUUACAUCAUUUUAAU